GUUUAUAGGAUAGGCAAAUCAUGUGACUUGAUGUCGCUGGCAGUGUGAACAGCUAUGCCAAAAUAGUCGGAGCGCUGACAGGAAGGUUCAGAUCCCACAGGAUUCCUCCGAUAUGCAGAACGUGAUCAACACGGUGAAGGGCACGGCCCUCGGGGUGGCUGAGUUAUUCACCCCGGUAUUAAAGGAAUCGAGAUUCAAAGAGACGGGAGUCCUCACACCGGAGGAGUUUGUAGCAGCUGGAGACCACCUGGUUCAUCACUGCCCCACAUGGAAAUGGGCCACUGGAGAAGAAGCAAAGGUGAAGCCAUAUUUACCACAGGAUAAACAGUUUCUCCUGACACGCAAUGUGCCCUGUUACAAGCGCUGUAAGCAGAUGGAGUAUUCAGAUGAGCUGGAAGCCAUCAUCGAGGAGGACGAUGGAGAUGGGGGCUGGGUGGACACCUACCACAACACAGGUGUGUUAGGAGUCACAGAUGCUGUACAGGAAAUCUCACUGGACAACAAUAAGGAUAAGAAUAUGAAUGCCACGUCUGCAGCAUGCUGUGAUGAUGAGGAUGAUGAAGAUGGAGAAGCGGCAGAUAUGGAAGAAUAUGAAGAAAGCGGCCUGUUGGAAACAGACGAGGCAACCCUGGACACCAGCAAAAUAGCAGAAACCAAAACCAAAGCAGAACCUGGGAGCGAAGAUGCCAUUCUUCAGACAAGAACAUAUGACCUGUACAUCACAUAUGAUAAAUACUACCAGACCCCUCGACUCUGGCUCUUUGGAUAUGAUGAAGAUAGGCAGCCGCUCACUGUAGAGCAGAUGUACGAGGACAUCAGCCAGGACCACGUGAAGAAGACGGUCACCAUCGAGAACCACCCCCACCUUCCUCCACCUGCCAUGUGCUCGGUUCACCCCUGCAGGCAUGCUGAAGUGAUGAAAAAGAUCAUUGAGACUGUGGCGGAAGGAGGAGGAGAGCUGGGAGUGCAUAUGUAUCUUCUGAUUUUCCUCAAGUUUGUGCAGGCUGUCAUUCCCACGAUAGAAUACGACUACACGAGACAUUUUACCAUGUAGGUGCCUCUGCUGCAACACGACGUGCACACGGGAAAUACCAGAGAUGGUCUCCGCUCCGCUCCGCUCUGCUCUCAAUACAACUGGUCUGCUGAAUGUUUGUGUUACUCUAAGAUGCUUUGUGUGGAAGUGUCAAGGAAUAUGAAACGCUGUCUUUUAAAAGAACGGGCUGACGUAUUAGGACACGUGCUUGUUUUCUGCUGAGCCCAGAGAAACUACAUCACCAUCAGUUUGAUCUGUGUGUAUGCAGCACAGAGGUAGGGUGCUAUCUUACAUAGGCACACCUAUCCCGGUCUGUUGCAUAAAUUCAGAUACAUUGUUUAUUUUUCAGGCUAAAGGUGUGUAGUUCUGUCUCUGUGAUAAGCUAGGCUAAACACAUCAGAGAUGAGAAUCCGUAUCAGACUAGUCGUUUAACCCUCGGUAACCAAGGUCCAAUCACCCAAGAGUUGGACUGCACCCUUAAUGUUGGUUAGUGUAAUUAGGAGUGUGUAAACAGAAGCUAAGCAAUGUGGUGGUGUAAGGAAGGAUUGAUGUGUGCUGCUUUAGUUCCCAGUCUGACAGUCAUUCAUGUGUUCGUGUAAUAUCAGGUUUGCUGCUGCUCCUUCCACAGCGCUGCGGUACUUAGAGAAACAAAACUAUUCCUCCACUUCUGUCAUCGAGGCGAUCCUACAGUUUGUUAGGAACUUCAAACUGUCACAUUCAAGCUUGAAAUCACUUUUUCUCGGUGUGAGUUUGAGGAGGACAGAGAAGUGGUUUGUGGUAGCCGAUUCCAUCUUCAGAUGCAGCUUCCAUCAGUCCAGUAUUCACUCUGCUCUGCUGUCUAGCUCGGUCUCCACCAGCCCUGUGGAAAAAACUCAGUGUUUAGCAGCUUCGUGCUUGCAUCCAUUCGUGCUCAUGUCUGCCCACAUCUGUCUCAGCUCAGUGGGUGCUGAGAAACAGGAAAACUGAAGCAGGAGCCCAACAAUUUCUGGAUGGCUACAAAUAAUAAAGCAGCAUUAUCUCGAUCGGGCCGACACUGACGGCGGCGUUAAGAGAAGCUCGUAGAGCACGGAUGUUUCCUGUCAGCUGUUCUCGCUUCCACCCUAAUGCUGUCUGCGGGAAUCGAGGCUGAACCUCAGUUUGUCUUCAUGGUGAAUGUGCUGAUCCCGUGUUUCUGGUGCUUGGCUUCCAUGCUUCUCUGUCUUACUUUGGUUGCGAGCAGGUUUCUAAUUGAUGCUUCAGAGAAUUUGUUUUCAGAUGUAACUCUACAUGUGUAAUGUAUUACUGACCUUUGAAGAAGUUCCCAGAGGUUUGCUGUGACCUCUGCAGAACAACCUCACUGAUGCAGUUUAACUACAAGUCCAUGUUUCCUAAAACCUGUAAUGUUUGGCUCAUUACACUGACAGUACUCAUCCAUACAAAGCAUCUGCUUCAGUAAUCCACAGUUUGCUUUCCUCGUGUGUUGUUGAUCAAAUAUUCUCUUUGUAUCUGUGCCUGUUGGUCCAGUCUUCUAAUUUAAAUUGCUUGGUGGUGAGGCUUCACCGUUUCAGAAAGAUGUACAUUUAUCAAUAAAGAGUUUCCCAAAUACUGCAAGCAGAA